UAUACUUUAUGGCAGUUGUAUGGUAUUUCUGUUGGUACGGAUUAAAACGUAUAUUUGCCUGCUUACCUGCUGAUAAUGGACCUCCUUAUUUGGAGAGCAAAGGGGCUUUUAUUUCAGUAUAAAUAAACGACUCGUCCUACGUAGAACAUUAGUUACCCAAGUGAUUUAAUUUAUAUUUUUUUAGUAGUAGAGUUAUAUCAAUAUUAUCAAUAUAACUAUGAAGUCCUAUAUUAUUAUUUUAGUUUUAUGUUUUGUUUGUUUGGGAUGCGGAGGAGUAGAAGGGCAGCAAAAGACUCAAAAUGAGUUGGAAGAGAGCUUAUUAGCUUUCUUUGACAUAUGGCUGAAGGGGGACCACGGCUCGCUGCUGCCGCUGCCUUCGUUGAAUGAGGUCACGGUACCAGCGCUGGAGGGAGCUUACCAGGAUACUGGAAUCAAAUUAUCAUAUUCAACGAGCGACAUGAAGCUGACCGGCCUGCCGGAGUCGUACAUCCACGAGCUGGUCGCCACCGAGUCUGACAAGUCGCUGGCAGUUCGGAUGCUCAUAAUUGCUCCUUCGUUGACAUUGUCCGCGGAACAGUAUAAAUUGGAUGGACGCGCAUUUUAUUUCUAUCGCAUUCAAGGAGCUGGCGAUAUGCGGGUGAAUUUUGAAAAUAGCUAUCUUGCGGUUGACAUGGAACUUGCCACAAACGGAAAGAAAAUGUGGGUUGAGAAACUACAGUUUGGAGUAGAAGUUAAAAAAAUUACGAUCAAUCUGACGGGCGCAUCCGACCUCGUAAGGAGCACUCUGAAUAGAAAAGCGCUCAGCAUAUUCGCGAAAUAUCGCGAUGAGGUGCAAGUCUCGUUGAAGGAAUCCGUUAUUCCGUUGUUAAACUCCUACUUGGCUGACAUAUCCCCAGACCAACUUUUGGAAAUUAUAUACGGUUUGCGACGUAAACGACCUGACUCGGCUGCGAAUUAAAAAUAUAUUUUUAGUUUUAAGUUUGAUUUGUUUCACUUAUAUAACUACCUGUGCUUCGGGUUUCACUCCCUUAGAAAUGUAGGGAUAAAAAUACCUUUUGAUUUUCUAGAUUAUGUUCUUCUCGUGUUCCAAAUUUCAUAAAGU